AUGGAAGGAGUUAAGAAGAAGUGGAAAGAACUGGUAUAUUCGUUCAGCACGAAUGACCAUUACGCGGAGUACAAUCCGAACAAGAGCAGCGGUGCCGGUGGCAUUGCGCUUAGAGGUGGUGCGUCGAGCGUUCCCGCGUCUUCGUCUCAAAUCCAAUUGACGGAAUCGAUCGAGGGCGGAGAUCUCGGCGGGAACGAGGGUGUCAGUGAGACUCUGCUUGCCUGGCGCCACGUGGACUCGUGGGCCAGUGAACAUAACCCAGAUUUGUUCGCGACUUUGAGCGAUCCGUGCACGAGAAACGACAUCAACAAUGCUGAAAAAGAUUUGAAUAUAAUGUUCCCAGCCUCGGUACGGGCGUCUCUUCGGUCCCAUGAUGGACAGGAGGAUUUGGGCACGCUUGCCGGUACUUCUGGUUUACUUUAUGGGCUUACGCUCAUGCCGCUUGAUCAGAUAGUUCAAAUGACGCAGACUUGGCGUAACGUGGCCGAAAACAUGAGCCGCCAUCGCGCUGCAGCAGCUAGAGCCGCUGCAGCAGAUCAAGAGCGUGGAAUUGAAGGUUCAUCGGGAUCAUCAGCUGCUGCCGCAGCCGGCACCGCAUCAAACGACGCUGUAAAAAUUGAGGUGCCCAACAAAUCGGUAACGCCUCAGGUACUAAGAUCAAAGGGUUACGGCAAAUUGGAGACUCAGGAUUAUUCUUCGAUGAACCCCAACUUGCAAAGAGACAUUUCUGUCAAUCACAAUGCGCAGUUCAAAAUGAAACAAAUCCCGACGCAAGGUUCCGUGCCGAGAGAUGCCAUUCAACCGGUUUAUGCGCAUCCAGGAUGGAUUCCACUUGUUACCGAUAAUGCCGGUAAUCACGUUGCCAUCGAUUUGGCACCUGGUCCACGAGGUUCUUACGCUCAGGUAAUUCUCUUUGGUAGGGAUUUCGACACGAAAUACGUUGUGGCCAAGAACUGGGGUGAUUUCCUCUUAAGUUUUGCCAAUGAUUUGGAAAAGGGGAACUGGUAUCUGGUAGACGAGGAUGACGAUUUUUUCGGAGGAGAAGGUGAAUUGGUUUUUAGGGACAAAAACGCUGGAAACCGGAUUAUGGAUUAUUUGGAAGUUCUUAAACAAAGAGCGUGGGCGAAAGCUAAAAGGACAGAUUUGGGUCACAAUGAGCAGGUGCAGAACAAGUCUUCGCAGCCGAUGAGAAGUCUCAUUGAUGGCUCUAAUUUGGACUUAGGACAAGUGUCAAGUCAAACUUCUUCGGCCGUCGCGGAUCCUGACUUCAAAGACAACAAGGACACUCUAGUGAAAGAAGAAACAGCUGAAAUUGAAAAUGAAGCUCAAACGGAAAACACCGUCACCGAAAGCGCGCUGCCAGCAGCUUCGGAGCCCGAACCAAAGAAGGUUGCAAGCAGCGGUGCGGAGAAAGCGCCCAAGUUGGAAGGCGAAGAGCCAAAAGAAGCGAUUCUUCCCUCAAAAGCUUUUGAAGACCUGCAAGAAACCGAGGCACCUGCUACUGCGGAAGUCAAUGCAGAAGUAUUGGACUUUAACGACGACAAAGAAUCAGGCGACAAGCUAGGCAACAAGGAAACGCCAAAGGACGUUGCAAAACUGGAAGAAGAGUUUGAAAGUGUCGCUUUAUAA